AAGAGAGCGAAAAAAACAUUGUCAUUUAGUUUCAGUCGGCAGAGCGCGCGAGCAUUCAACAGAACGCAAUGGAAUUGUGGACGGGCUUGUAUCUCGUGAGCGUUCUGAACGUGGCUUUCGGUUCUCCCGGGGCAUCUUAUAGCAUUCACUUGAACGAACUCUCAUUCAAGGACGCUCUGAAUCAUUGCAAACCUGGUGGUUUUCUCACCAACCUGACAAGCGAGGCGGAAAUCGCAGAGAUCCAAAAGGCGAUCUGGGAGAAAAACAACAAAACUGCCUCCUCGUUCUGGAUUGGACUAAAGAAGAAAAAAGGUCAGUGUGUUGAUCAAAACAAACCUCUUAAAGGAUUCCGCUGGACGGCGGACGACGGCGAAUAUUCACACGAUAUUAAAUGGAAAAAAGACCCCAUGAUGACUUGCACGGAUGAACUCUGUGGACUGUUGUGGGUGGAAUACAGCGACUCGGAGACGAAAAGCAGUGGGCUGGGGAAUGCCGCCUGUAAGCAAAAGCAUGCGUUUAUCUGCAAACGGAACUUCGAGGUGACCUGUCCCUCACCAUCAAUACUUGGCACCCAUGACAUCGUUAUACCUCCAAAUGACCCUUACACGCGUCACAUUACCUGCGGUUCUGGUGCCAAGUUCACUUUGAAGUGCACGAACAACCUGCUUUGGAAUAUCGAGGGUGACGAAAACUCGGACGUAUCUCAACUUUGCCUGCAGUGUAAAAGCGGCUACAGACGGGAUGCCUCUGGAAACUGUGCGGAUGUUAACGAAUGCGAACCUUCUAAUCCAUGCAAGCGCACGUGCCUGAACACAGACGGCUCAUUCAAGUGUACAUGUCUCGACAAUGAGGACUCGGAUGUCUGCAGUGAAUCAACAACACCCACCACGGAUCUGGAAAACAAUGACGUACAUCCGACUUAUUCAGAUGUGAACGUGGUUCCACCAGAUGGUGUCAGCAGAAAUGAGACAGCAGUAGAGAUUGAAGAACAGGAUGGAGUCAUUUCAAAUAUUGUGGUGCCUGUGAUUAUAGCUCUUUUGAUUUUCGUGGUUCUGCUGGUGUUAGCAGCAGCCGUCUUGAAGGGUUGCCUGAGGAGGCGCUCUAUGAAACUGGCUCAGAAGAAGGCGGAGGCCGUGGCACUGAACGGGUCCAACUCCACGGAGAAUGGGAAUGAACAUAAACAUCAAAGUGAGAGAGAUUGUAAACUGUAAAACAGAAUUUGUUUUGACACAUGCAGACUACUGGAAGAGUUUUUUCUUAUUGGAACAUUUCCGUGGGAGGUUGCGUAGUUACUGCCUAUUCGUUAUUUUUCCUUAACAUUAAAAUCAGGGUCUUUAUGCAAAUGUGGAUAUGAGAAUAUAUUUGGUAAAUAUAUGUAUAAAGUUUCCUUGUUUAUUCUUUCACUGCUUGGAUGGAAUGCGGACAUUUGAGAACUGUAGAUAUUAUUGUGUUAAAUGUUACAUUUUCAUUUCUGAUGUUUUUUUAAUUGUGUUUCACACAACAGGUUUCUGAGAAUCUUUACAACUAGAUUUUUUAUAUUAAUAAAAAUUACGUCGAAGCCACUGUACACGCCUAUGAUUGUUCCAAUACU